AUGAGGCAGCGAACAGUGGUGAUGUACGUGGAGAUCGGUUGCUUUGUGUCCUGUCUCUGUGGCUGGAUUUUGAUCUGUUCCACUCUGGCCACUGAGUACUGGAUCGUCUCAGAAAGUGCUUCUGUCGUUCUGAGCGCCGGUGAUUACUAUUCCAACCUCUGGAUGGACUGUGUCUCAGACACCACAGGAGUAUCUGACUGUAAAUACUACCCUUCCAUGAUGGACCUGUCUGUUUUCCUCCAUGUGUGCAGGGCUCUGGCUGUGGUCUCUGUGAUCUUUGGUUUCUGGGGGGCUGUGCUUGCCCUCAUCGGGAUGAAAUGUACCAAAAUCGGAGGCUCUGAGCUCGUCAACGCCAGAGUUACAUUCGCAGCAGCACUGACGUACAUGGCAUCCGGAUUCUGUGGUAUGAUAGUCUACUCCUGGUGGGGAGAUAAAGUGCGUUCAGAGUUUGUGGAUCCGUAUUACUUAGAAACAAAGUUUGAGCUCGGUGCCGCUCUCUUCGUUGGUUGGGGAGGUUCGUGUCUGGUUAUAUGUGGAAGUGCAGUCAUGUGCUAUUUCUCUGGGAAAGAGUCAUUCCCCAAAAGGCUGAAUAAACAACCCAGAAGACCCCCAACCUACAUGACAGCACGUACCAGACGGACGUACAUGCUGCCAGGCUCGUCCAGACCCACAACCUUCAUCAUCCCUCCUUCACACCAAUCAUACAGUGAGAGUAGAGGAAGUCGAGAGAGUAGAGGGAGGACAGGAACACAGACAAGUCAGUCAUCAACGACUGUCAGACCCACCUGGCCUCCUAUAGACUCGGCUGUGUGACACAAUGUUUAAAGAAACAGUAACACAACGGUAAUAAAAUGAGGUUCAAUUUAGCAGCCAUAUCACAUUUUUUACAAGGUUAAUAUAUUAACAUGUUCUUUCCUAAUACAUUAACUGAUGUUAAUUAUAUAACUUUAAAUGUAAAAUGUAUUAGCAUAUGUAGAAAUAUAGAUUAAUAAAUGCUGUAUUAAUCAUUGUUAUUUCAUGUUAUUGCAGCAACUAUAAUACUAAUGUACAGAAUGUUUCUGUAAAGUGUCUCUAAUGAAAAUAGUUUUUCCUCAAAUCUAUGAUUUGUGGAAGAUAUGGCAAAAACAAAAAGUUAAUUUAAUAAAUAAAUAUUUUACACAUUAGACAAAUCUUGUCCUUUUAUAUUUUAAUUUUUGAG